CCUGAACGCAUCUCGACUGGGGUCAGAGGUCAUGUUGUUAGCCGCGCCGAUGGAGGAGAAAAAGCUUUAAAUCUGCGUUCACUGGGAUGCUGUGAAGUGAGGAGCUGAAAAUGGCCCGAGACAGGAAGUGUAUCCUGUGUGAGACGGUGUGUUCGUCCAGACAGGGGAUGGAGGAGCACAUCAGGAGCAUGCUGCACCACCGAGAGCUGGAAAAGCUGAAGGGACGGGACUGUGGACACGAGUGCCGGCCCUGCAGGGUGACGGUGGUGAGCCUGACCGACUACGCCCACCACAUCUCCGACCCGGCGCACAAGCAGAAGGCGGCGGCGGCCGACCGGCUGCAGGCCAGCAGCCACGGCCCCGAGGACUACUUCGACCAGGCCCUGGUGGACCUGGUCCAGAAGAGGAAGGACCGCAUCAGGAAAGAGGAAGAAGCCGCUGCAGCCAAGCUGGCCAAGGAAGAAGAGGAGCGGAAGAAGAAGGAGGCGUUCCAGCACAGGCUGAAGGAAGCUAAAGAUCAGUACCGCAGGGAGUGCGUCUGGCAGCCGCCGCCACACCGGCUCAGUGGAUCCGGUCACCACGGCAACUGGUACAGCCGAGGAGGCGGCGGCGGUCCGGGGGAGCAGCCGUGGCGCUGCAACACUCAGGGACGGAGCGCCACGUGGCACGCUCAGGACCCCCCCAACCUGCAGCGCUGGGCCUCCGGAGAGCACGGCAACCCCCCGGACUGGAGGGGCAACAGGCCCUGGGGUCAGGGGUCACUCCCUCCGAACCCCCAGAGCCGGCUGCCCUGGUUGAGCAGCGGCGGCAGCAGCAACGGCCUCUACGGCAGGAACAGCGUCUCCCAGCUUGCCUCCAAGGGCCACUUCUCCGGCGGCCCCCCCACGGGCCUCUGGUGGCCCAACUUCUUUCCUAAUAACUUUCAUCACGCUGGAAGUGCUGAGUGCGAUCAGCGGGUCCAGAGAGCCGGACCUCAGAACCGGGAGUCUGAUCCAAGACCACAAAGCUCCGAUCCAAAGCCGGACCGAGCGUGUUGCCGGUCACCGUGUUCUGUUACCAACGGUCCCGAGUCAGCACCCUGCAACGGUCCCAACCAGAACCCGGCAAAAGGCCCCCGGCCCCGGCAGCAGGAAGAGCCGGACCACGGCUGCUUGGACCGGCAGUCCCGACCCCAACAGAGACCGUAUCAGACCGCGUCAAGUCGGCAGAGUUUAGAGAACUCGGCGAAGCAGCAGUCGAAGCCCAAGACCAGACCCAGAGACGGCAGCAGCAGCAGCAGAAGCAGCAGUUCUCACCCAGACCAGACCCAGAUCCCCCCGGCGCCUCUCCAAGCCAAGAGGCCCUGUCCUCGGACAGGUCCCAAGAUGUCCUCGGUUCCGGAACCGAGUCCGGCUCGACCCAGCAAACCAUCCGGUCAGGUUCAAACCAAGUCCCCUGGAGGGCCGAGUGCCAUCCGGGCGUCAAGCUCUGGACCCCUGAAGCAUUCGGCCUCCGAGAGGGACAUCCAGAAGUCCUUCAAGAAGGCCAAGCAGUCGUUUGAGAAGAGAGGCUCUCUGGAUGGUUCCAGUCCCUCCAGGACGGAAACAGCUGAGGACCGACCGAAGAACCACGACCUCGCUGGAGGGAACAGAGAGAACGGCUGCCUGCAGAAACCGGCGUUAUCCGACUCUGCGUGGCUGGAAAAGACCAAGUCCUCCGCCUGCAGCCACAACCUGCAGUCGCUGCAUGUAAGCACCUCCACCGCUGAGACUGCUGAGCCGGCGGCGCCGGGCGCCGGCGACCAGCAGAACCCGAACAAGGCGGAACAACAGACGUGCUCGCAGGCGCCCGACGAGGCCAUGCAAGCGGAGGAGGCGGGGCAAAGCACGGAGGAGGCGGGACAAGGCACGGAGGAGGCGGGGCACUGCGUGGAGGAGGCGGGGCACAGCACGGAGGAGGUUGGGCAUGGCAUCGAGAGCGACGCCUCCAAAAGCGGCGAGGCGGCGGCAGUCCCGGGUCUCUCCAGACUGGAGCUGCCCCCCGUCCUCAGGCGGGACCUCACCAAGCACAUCAGCUCCAGGAGCAAAGCCGUCGGCCACGAGCCCAACCUCAACAUCGCCCGCCGGGUGCGCAACCUCAGCGAGUCGCGCCGCAGUGACUCCGAGAAGGACUCGGGGCUCAAACCCACCGUCCGGCAGCUCAUCAGCGCCUCCGGGUCUCGGCGCAGCGUCAACUGGGACCAGGUCUACCAGGAGGUCCGCAAGAAACAGGACCAGGGCAAAGGCAUGCCGAGGUUCGGCAUCGAGAUGGUGCCGUGCGAGCAGGAGUCCCACAGCCUGGAGGAGGACGGCGUCCCCCUGCUGGAGGGCUUCCACUGGGAGUCCCUGAUGGACGUGUCCUCGCAGAGCUCCUCCAGGAAGCGCUCCCUGUCCGAGAGCAGCCUCGCUCCGGGGUUCACUCCGUCCUCACCGCCCGAGUCCAGAGAGACGCCCGAGAUGGACGAGCUCCGCGCUGAGCGGCGGGGGUCGGCACCGCCCCCUGACCUCCACCCGGCACCGCCCCCCGACCUCCACCCGGCACCGCCCUCCGACCUCCUCCCAGAGCUCCAGGCGGAGGGCGGCGCCUCCGACGCCGCGGCGGAUCAGGCGUCCCAGACGGUGAAGGCCCUCCAGAGGUCGGACUCGGCGCUGGGAGACAGCAGCUCGGGGACGGAGCAGCUGGACGGUCAGGGGACGGGGAAGAGACGGAGGGCGGCUCUGGAGCUUCCAGCAGCAGAGUCCUCGUGUUUGGAGCACAGCAGCAAAAGAAGAAAAGUCAAGUGUAAAAAAGAGCGUCUCCAGAUCGACCAGCUGCUGUCGGUGUCCCUGCGUGAGGACGAGCUCAGCCGGUCCCUGCAGACGGUGGACACCAGCCUGGUCCAGGCCCGGGCCGCGCUGGAGGCCGCCUACCUGGAGGUGCAGCGCCUCAUGGUGGUCAAACAGCAGAUGAGUGAAGAGAUGGACUCUCUGAGGAACCGGCGCAUCCAGCUGCUGCGAGGCAUGAAAGACACGGCGGAGGACGCUCCUCAGCUGAAGGAGGAGCAGCUGGACUGGGCGUCCCGGGAGUCUCUGGUUCCGUCCAGCGCCGCCCAGAGCGUCUGUCCUCCGCCGUCCGGCUUCGCCGCCGUGGUCGUUAAGGAGGAGCCCCGGUCCCCCGUCCACGUCAGCGGACAGCACCCCCCCGCAGACUGGGCUCACAGCACCACGGCCGAGCUGCCGGGCGCCGCAGAUCCGGGUCUCGGCUUCCUGUCUCCUCCUCAAACUAAACCUGAGCUGAACCCAAGUUCCCCCGGAGAACCCGGAGAACCCGGAGAACCCGGAGACCGCGGGGAGGCGCCGGCAGAGCCGCCGGAGGUCACCGGGACGGGGAAUGACGUCCCGCGCUCCAGGUCCUCCGUCCGGCCGUCCUCGCCUCCCAGGAGGGACGGCGCGGACGCGGAGACGUUCCAGUGCCCCGCCACGCCCGCCGCCCCCCCAGACCCCAAGACCGGCAGGAGGCUGAGGAGGCUGAAGAAGAGGAGGAGCCUGAAGAAGGCGGCGGGGGCGGCCGCCGAGAGCACCGACACCGAGCUGGACGAGGACGCGUCCCGGCCGCGCUGGCUGCGGUCCCGCCGGAGGGCCAGCGGGGGGUCCCAGGUCAGCACCUCCAGCCCGCAGACCCCCGAGGGCCCCGUCGGGCCCCCCGGCCCCCCCCCGGAGCCCGCCGCCGCACCGCCAGAUGGGACGGAGGUCGGCGCCGGCCCCCGGGAGGACGCCUCCGUCCCAGACUCCUGCAGACCCGAGUCCCAGAGCCUGGCCUGCAACGAGGUGUCCUCCACCAGCGACAUGGACCUGUGCCGGUCCUCCGAGAGCGACCUGCCGGUUCCGGGUCCGGGUCUCGUCAGCCUCCCCAAGAACCUGCCAGACGCCUCGUCUGACGGCGGUGAGGAGGCUCCGCCCUCUGAAGGUCGUUUUGAAGGUCACCAGGAGGCGGUGAACGCCAUGCAGAUCCACGACGGGCUGCUGUACACCUGCUCCGGGGAUCGAACCGUCAGAGCGUUCGACCUGCAGAGCCGCCGCUGUGUGGGCGUGUUCCAAGGCCACGCCUCCAAAGUCAGCUGCCUGCUGGUGUCCGCCGCUCCCAGCCUGCACCACCGCCUGUACUCCGGCUCCAGCGACCAGACCAUCCGCUGCUACAACCUGCAGACCCGGGAGCUGGAGCAGCUCUUCUCUCUGCCGGACCGGGUCCUCUGCCUGCACAGCCGCUGGAAGACGCUGUUCGCCGGCCUGGCCAACGGCAACGUGGUGACCUUUAACCUCAAGACCAACAGGCAGGUGGAGGUGUUCGAGUGCCACGGCCCCCGGGCCGUCAGCUGCCUGGCGUCGUGCCAGGAGGGGGCCCGCCGGGUCCUGCUGGUCGGCUCCUUCGAUAACACCAUCAGCGUGCGGGACGCCCGCAGCGGCCUGCUGCUGCGCCUGCUGGAGGGACACAGCAAGACCGUGCUGUGCAUGAAGGUGGUCAACGACCUGGUCUUCAGCGGAUCCAGUGAUCAGUGUGUCCACACACACAACAUCCACACCGGGGAGCUGCUGCGGGUGUACCGGGGCCACAGCCACGCCGUCUCCGUGGUAACCGUCCUUGGGAGCGUCAUGGUGACGGCCUGCCUGGACAAGCUGGUCCGAGUCUACGAUCUGCAGUCCCAGGAGCAGCUGCAGGUGUACGGAGGACACUCGGACAUGGUGAUGUGCAUGGCGGUCCACAGGAACACGAUCUACACCGGCUGCUACGACGGCAGCGUCCGGGCCGUCCGGCUCCACCUGGAGAACCGCUUCCACUGCCGGUGGCAGGGCUGCUCGCUGGUCUUCGGCCUGCAGGACCACCUCCAGCAGCACCUGCUCUGUUGCCACGGCGACUCCAGCCAGACCCUCCGGUGCCGCUGGAGAAACUGUGAGGAGGAGUUCAACGUCCGCAGCUGCAAGCAGACGAUGCUGCUGCUGCACCUGCAGAAACACGCUGCAGAGGAGAGCCGGGUGGAGUAGACCAGCUCCACCCCCACCCCCACCCCGCCCGGGUGGAGCAGAGACCAGCUCCACCCCCACCCCCACCCCGCCCGGCUGGAGCAGAGACCAGCUCCACCCCCACCCCGCCCGGACCAGCUCCACCCCCAC